AUGGCAGUUUGUGAUGCCGAUUAUCAGUUUACCCUUGUGGACGUGGGAGACGCAGACAGACAAAGUGACGGGGGUGUUUAUAGCAACAGCAAGCUGGGUUUUGCAAUUGACAAUCAAUUACUUGGUUUUCCCUCAAGUGAAAAGCUGCCCUCCUCUGAAAUUAAAGUUCCUUCUGUCUUUGUGGCUGAUGAUGCAUUUCUACUAAAGAGCAACAUGAUGAAACCCUAUCCGGGCAAGCAGGGUGAUGUUACUAAGAGCAUCUUUAAUUAUCGGUUAUCAAGAGCUCGUCGAAUUAUGGAGAACACAUUUGGCAUUGCUACAUCAAGAUUCAAGGUCUUUAGAAGGCCAAUAAUUGCAAGCGAGUCAACUGCCAAUUCUAUCGCUAGAGCCGUGGUUGCUUUGCAUAAUUACCUGAUGGUAAUCAGGUCACACACCGAAAGCAGUUACAACUAUUGCCCACCUGGUUACAUUGAUGUUGAUGCUGGUGCCUCACUUAAACCUGGUAACUGGCGAAGGGAUAUAUACCCAAUCGACUGCUGGACUAAUUCCAAUUGGUCAGACUGGGUCCAACAACUACUCGCAAAGUGCAAGUGCAGUGCGAGAAAGAUACAGGGAGUACUUUAAUAACCCUGAAGGGGCAGUUCCAUGGCAAAAUGACAUUGCACUAGGCAUAUUAUUGGCAUAACAAAUCCAUUUGACAAAGCAGUUGGAUUUUAAACUUUAUUUAAAUAUUAUAUACAGUGUGUUGUAUAAAUAAUACAUCAUUCAAUUCCAGCAAUGCCCAUCUCCUCAGACAGUUGCACACUUAGCAUUUUGAUGUUCCAGGUGUGCAUAAACUGGAACUUCUGGAAUUGACUAAUGCAUAAUAAUUUAAUUUAUGAAUACAAAUAAUGAAAUUGUUCUCAUGUUAAAUAAUUUAAAAUAAUUAAUUGAUGAAUUAAUAAAUGUUUCAACUGUUCGACAUUGUGUAAUCAC